AUGACAUCAGCUCACGCGCAAAAAUUCCCCGCGGUGCAGGGAGGAGGAAGCUUGAUCCUAGCAUGGCAAAUCAAGAACAAAAACGUGCUUGUUGUCGGCGGUGGUGAGGUUGCUGCUGGCCGCAUACUCAACUGCCUCAACGCCGAUGCCCUUGUGACUGUCGUCUGUCCCCCGUCAGGCCUCAACCCCGAAGUCGCAUACCGAGUCGGACAGGGCCAAGUCUCCCACACGCCUCGGAACUUCGAACCCUCCGAUCUCGACGGCGCCGAUAUGGUCCUGGUAGCCGUUGACGACCCAGAGGCAUCUACACAGAUAUGGAAAUUGUGCAAGGAACGCCGGAUACCGGCUAAUAUCGCUGAUGUGCCCCCAGAAUGCGAUUUCUACUUUGGCAGCGUCCACCGAGACGGCCCGCUGCAAAUCAUGGUCAGCACCAAUGGCAAAGGGCCUCGGUUAGCGAGCUCAAUACGGAAGUUCAUAGCCAAGCAGCUACCCAAGGACGCGGGCAAGGCAAUCGAGGCCAUCGGCCAAUUAAGGGCAAAGCUGAGAACGGUUGCGCCAAACCAGGAUGAGGGUCCCAAACGUAUGGGAUGGAUGACCAAGAUUAGCGAUGCAUAUACCUGGGAUCAGAUGUGUGACUUCACGGACGAGGAUAUGGACAACCUCCUUCGCUUCUACGCUUCAAACGAGGUUCCAUCGCUAGAGACGCUUAUGCUGAUGCGCGAGAACCCGGAUCUCAGCAAAACCGAACUGUUCGAUGGAUCUUUUGGGUUUAGCGUGGGAGCAUGA